UUCCCUCUUUCUCAGCUGCUACUGCUAUGGAGGUCGCUACCAUGGCUUCUCAUUCGUUCCCACUCGCAAGAUUGAAGCUAUCGCAAACGUGCUCUUCAUGCGCUCCAACUUCUUCUUCCUCUUGUCUUACUAAACCCUCUCUUCCAUCUACUCCCUUUCUCUCCUCUUCCUCUAUGGGCGGCUCCGUCUCCGCCGCCUUCUCCCUCCUUAGAAUCCGUCCCGCUUCUCUCAACCCUUAUUCACCCUCCUACUCUCGCGGGGGCAAACGUGGCGUCGUGACCACGGUCAUUCCAUUUUCAAGGGGAAGUGCAUGGGAGCAACCUCCACCAGAUUUAGCAUCUUACUUGUAUAAGAAUCGUAUUGUCUACUUGGGCAUGUCGUUGGUUCCAUCUGUCACUGAACUUAUAUUAGCAGAAUUUCUUUACCUUCAGUAUGAAGACGAGCAAAAGCCAAUUUAUCUUUACAUAAACUCAACCAAGGAUGGAGAGAAGUUGGGAUAUGAAACAGAGGCUUUUGCAAUUUAUGAUGUCAUGGGGUAAUGAAAUCAUUAGCUGCUCCUAAUUGACAAAAUCUUCUGAUAAGGUUGUAAUGAGUUUUUAAAUUUGCAUGCGUUUCAGAAGUGCCUUCUGAACUUAAUGCAACAUAAAGUAUAGAGACAAUUAAAGGAGGAAGACAA